AUGGAAACUGAAAGGUUCAGUGCGGCGAUCGCUGGCAGCAGCCGUGAUGAAAACUGGCGACGGAAGUGCGGCUGUCUCCGAACCAGCGAUAAACUGAAGAAGCUUCUAGAACAGUUUCCAGCUGCACCACCACCGACGCCGCUUGUUGAUGUGUCUUUAACACCCUUAAAACACACAUGCAUAUCCGCGUAUUGUACACAAGUUAACCAUCCGCCAUUCAGUCAAGCAGAUGAGAUCACUAGACCACGACUAAGGUCUUUGGAAAAAGACGUACCUUUAAAGAAGGGUGUUAGUAAGCCUUGGAGAUUAAUACAGGAGUUGGUGCAACUACUUCAGUUCUCUGUAACCACGACCGCAGUAGCUUUAUACUACCUUAUAUAUUGUUAUAUGCAGCUCAUUUACUAUGCUCUGUGGAGUGCCAUUUAUUUUCACAAUGCAGAUGGGCCGAUGAAGCUUACGAUCGGAGUUAUAGCUAUCACGUCGCUUGUGAAUGCGAACGCAGUGUCUCGAUCUUCACAAGAAUCUUCGGCGGAGUCGUCAGAAUUUUCAACAGACAAUGCAUUAUCUUCAGAGCUACAUGAAGGUUCCGGUGACGAACCACAACCGGUGUUCACGAAGAUAAAGAAUCAAACGAGGGACGCUCUUAAAACAGAUGGCAGUGAACAAGAUCCGGUGUUUCUGUCAGAUAAGAACAACUACAUCCCUGUGAGUAUAAAACCUCGUUCGCCCUCCUCGGAGGUGGCUUGGCGGGAACCUCCGGCGUGGGAGCGUGAGUACAGACGACAUCGCACCAAUGGCAGCCGAGUGCAAUAUAUUGAAGCGGAAUGCCAAGAUGACUUCAUGAAAAUACGGGUCGGUUUCAACGGUUCGUUUUCGGGAUUAGUUUAUUCCGCAGGUUAUUCGUAUGAUCCCGACUGUAUGUACAUAAACGGGUCGGGUCGUGACUAUUAUGAGUUCUACAUUCAGCUAAAUCGUUGUGGGACUUUGGGAAGAAACGGACAGCACGACGACACGAGAAAGCAUCCCACGAAGAACCUCAUGUGGAACACGAUAACAGUGCAAUACAACCCGUUGAUCGAGGAAGAAUUGGACGAGCACUUCAAAGUUACUUGCGAGUACGGCUACGACUUCUGGAAGACUGUCACCUUUCCUUUCCUUGAUGUGGAGGUAGCUACUGGCAACCCAGUGGUGUUCACGCUGCAGCCCCCCGAAUGCUACAUGGAGAUCCGAUCUGGUUACGGUGCCACAGGCGCUCGGGUGGCUGGCCCCGUGCGAGUAGGAGACCCUCUUACCUUGCUCAUCUAUAUGCGAAGUGCUUAUGAUGGGUUCGAUAUUGUGGUGAAUGACUGUUUCGCACACAACGGAGCAGCAAAACGGAUACAGCUUAUUGACGAAUUAGGAUGUCCAGUAGACGAUAAGCUGAUCUCCCGGUUUCGGGGCUCCUGGUCGGAGUCAGGAGUGUUUGAAACGCAAGUCUACGCCUACAUGAAGACCUUCAGAUUCACAGGAUCACCAGCGCUGUACAUAGAAUGCGAUGUUAGGAUGUGUCACGGACGGUGUCCGUCUCAGCCGUGUCAUUGGCGUAACAUGAAGAACGUGCGUCGUCGUUCGGUCGAUGAAGCCGCGAGCGUGGCGCCCCGGCUAUCAGAAAACAUCUCUCUCUUUCAGUCCUUGCGAGUUUUGCAAGAGGGUGAGGAGGACGAAGAAUUUUCUAAAGCUGUUGCAAACGGUCAAACUUGCAUGAAAACUUCAGCUCUAUCGGCAAUGAUAGUCUCCUGCGGGUUGCUCAUAGCUGCGUUGAUAGCCGCUUUACUAGUUGCAGCACGCGGCUGGCGUCGCAGCGAGAGAAGAACGCCCCUCCAUGCUUACGUGCCUCAUAAGGGUCGCAUAAAGUAA